AUGAGCAGCAAGGCCACCGUAAAGAAUGUCCAGAUAGAAGAGUUCGCGAAGGCUACUGAGUUGCCGGCAUUGAGUACGGUUGUCAACGGUCGCGAUGGCCGCAUCUGGAGCCAACAACGUCUAUAUUCACACCGUUUCUCUCCAGACCAAGGCAUGUAUGAACCCGCGCUAUCGACAAGGCGUAUUGACAGAGUUAUCUGUGGCAGAGAAACAACAUACCAAGCCUACUCUUAUAAUAUGCAUCUCAUCAACACACUUCUUCUCGGCGCCGGUGCCGUCUAUGCUGCCACCACACCACAAUACCUCAACAUCGGCACUCUGAACUCCAACACCCCCAGCGGCAUCAACACACCCGCCUACGCCACAAUCACCUUCCCCAUCACCGACUCCAAGACCAAAGCCUCCACCACCUGCACCGUCAAAUGGGACUGGACCAAGAAGCCAACUACCUCAUGGACAGCCUGCAAGGACAACUCCUUCUCCAUCAAGGUGUCGAAUUACAAGACUUUGACCGACUUCAAGGUGGAUAUGCAACAUCAGUACAACACAAAGACUGGCAAAAAGUGCAUUAACCCCAAUGGCACUGGCUGCACGACUACAUUGGCUUCAACUACUGUCUCGAAGAGUGCGGCGGGCUUCCAGAGCUAUUGCGGUGCUUCGGGUGCUUGUGGAGCUGUUGGAAAAAAGGGUGUCAAGGUUGCUGUCUCUUCGUCCAAGACUGGUACUCAGAAGUAG